AUGUCGUUAAGACUGCUAAUCGUUGGUAUAUCGAUACAUUUAAUUUUGAUAUAUUCCAUAUUCGACGUAUAUUAUACCAGUCCAGUUAUAAAAGGGAUAAACGCGCAUUAUUUGAAAAACGUGGAACCUCCAUCGAAGAGAGUUGUAAUAUACUCAGCAGAUGGAUUGAGAUAUGAUACAUUCAAUAAUUGGCCGGAAAAAUCCCCUUUUCUACAUGAUAUAAUAAGAAAUCGCAAGGGUGUAGCAGGAUUGUCCUUGUCUCAUGUUCCAACGGAGUCUCGUCCGGGACACGUUGCGAUAUUCGCAGGAAUCACUGAAGAUGUUAGCUCAGUUGCAAAGGGCUGGAAAAAGAAUCCAGUAAAAUUUGACAGUGUAUUCAAUAGAUCGUCGCACAGCUAUAUGUGGGGUAGUCCUGAUAUUGUUUCAUUAUUCGACGAUAUUCCAGCUGCAACAUCAUUUUAUUAUUCAGAAGAAGAAGAAGAUUUCAGUUCGGAUGAUGCUUCAAAUUUGGACAAAUGGGUUUUUGAUAAUUUUGAGAAUUUUUUAAAAUCAAAUUCUGAGCUCAAAGAACAGUCUCAGGUGAUAUUUUUUCUUCAUUUAUUGGGCAUUGAUACUAACGGUCACGGACAUAAACCGAAAUCGAAUCAGUAUAUUGACAAUAUAAAAGUCGUGGACGAUGGUAUCGCUAAAACUACUGAAAUUAUCGAAGAAUUCUUUGGAGAUGGAAAAACUGCAUAUAUUUUUACAUCAGAUCACGGAAUGACCGAUUGGGGAUCACAUGGUGCAGGUAGCGAUGUUGAAGUUCUUACACCAUUUGUUGCAUGGGGGGCCGGAAUACGUAAAGGAGGUGUUAGGCAUGCGAUUAACCAGAUUGAUUUCGCUCCCCUUAUUUCGAUGCUAAUUGGUACCGCAAUUCCAACCAAUUCAAUGGGUGUUCUCCCGGUGAGUUUAAUGAACUCUGGGAGCCAAAAAUACGAAUUCCGAGCUAUUCUGGCAAACUUUCUACAGUUGAAAGAGCAAAUCGUGCAUUUAAGAAAUGGAAUCUCACAUCGUUUUUGGUUCCAGCAAUUUCCACAUUUUGGAGAUAAAUCAAUGAACGCGCUAGAAAGUGAAAUGGUCCGUCUAGCGAAGAUAGGACGAUUCGAAGCAGCCACAUCGUUGUUCGUAAACAAAGCUCAUCUCCUGAAAGACGCAAUUGUGUACUAUCAUCGUUACGAUCAACAACUACUUGGAUCCGCUGUGACACUCAUAUUUUUCUCGUGGAUCUGCUUGAUUUCCUCAUUCCUGAUUCAAGACAAGCCGAUGAAAUUAGAAAAAAGCCUGUUAAUACCCAACAACUUUUAUCGCGUAUUCUUGCUUCUCGUAUUCAGCUUUGGAGUAUAUUGUCCAUUGUCACUGACUCAGUUCUCGUACAUUUUACUUCCUGUUUAUUUAUUCGCGAUCUUCGAGAACAAUACGAACAUUUCGACAUGGCUACUAAAAUGCUUCUCAACAAAAAUAGAUUUACAGAAGGUUUUAAGGGACAAUUUCGUCAAGCCAUUUUUAGGAAUUUUGGGGAUGCUUAUUCUCAUCGCCGUUUUCGUUUUAGUUUUUAUUGAUCGUAAAUUUCUGGUGCUGGUUUUCCUGCUCUUAAUGUUUCUUCCUGCAGCUUACAACUCCGCAGUUGUUGAUUAUUGGUCUACAUCCUGGAGGAUUAUAUGUUGUUUCCUUCUACCAUUUCCUUUUCUACCAUCAGUCGGUGUUCAAACGCAUAUUUCCUUAUGCAUAGCUAGCCCAGCGAUUUUGAGCUAUUUCUGUAAUAAGAUUUCGAAUAGAGGAUGUUGUGCAAGGAUUCAGGGGCUGCUGAAAGGCUAUUCAAAGGUUCUUUUGGCGGCUUCAUUAUUCAUUUUCAUCGUAAAUUUUGGUUUUAACAAGCCUCCUACCAUUGCUCGAUGGAUAUCAUGGAUGUCCAUCCCACUAUCAUUCAUCACUCCUUCAAUAACGAGCCAGGCAUAUAUGGUGGAUCGCCUUAUAGCCUAUUCUCUCGCAUUCUUCAUACCAUAUUGUUUACUUUCAAUUUCCUACGAAUCCCUAUUCAUGUUAAUAUUCAUUAUGCUUCUCAUGGUAUUCUUCAGAAUCGAAAAUUCACAUUUAUCAGAUGUGGAGCUGAUGAGCCUCAAAAUUCCGCAGUAUAAGUGUGUUAAUCAUGUCGCUGGAUUUCGCGGAAAUCUUGUCGAUAUCCGACGGUCAGUUGUGUGUGUUGCCCUGGUGUUAUGCACAUUAUUUGGAACAGGAAACUUUGCAUCGAUAAAUUCUUUUAAUCCUUCAACGCUCAAUUUAUUCAUUUCAGUUUUUAGUCCGUUCACAAUGGCAAUUCUGUUAAUUCUAAAGCUUCUGCUCCCGAUUCUUUCUGUUACAAAACUGAUCGCCGCAAUUGUUCGUUUUGAAAAAAUUACUAUUCAAAAAACAUGCUCCAUUGUCUUAAUAAUUACAGACCUGAUGUCAAUGUGUUUUUUCCAUCAACUGAAAGAUGAGGGAAGCUGGCUCGACAUAGGAAUGAGUAUAUCACAAUAUAUCGUUUCCAUGUGCAUUUCUUUGGCCUUACUUUUGCUAUUAUCGAUUUCAAGCGCCUUGAUGAGAAUGGAAUUUUCAAGAUGGUAA